AUGAGCGAGGAUUCUAACACUUCAAAUGACUCCAGUGGUUACCAACUUUAUCAUUAUGUGCCCAAUAAGGGAGCUGCAAUUCUCUUCGUGGUUUUAUUCCUGCUAGGGACUUUUGUUUCUGCUUUCCAGGUUUUUUUUUGGGCCCGAAGAACCUCUUCGGUAAGGAUGAAUGAAGCAUUCGAGGUUUGUUCUACAAAGGAUUUGGGCAAUACAGAAACAAAGUUUGUGGGAGAAACAUGUGUGAGGUAUGCAUCUGUUAGUAAACAGGAUAGAAAGCUCAAGGUAUCCUCGAUCUCAUGUUGCUUCAUACCCUUUUUCAUUGGGUGCAUAUUUGAAGCAAUUGGUUAUGUAGCGCGUGCCAUUUCAGCUUCCAAUAAGCAAGCACUAGUACCAUUCAUUAUUCAGUCGGUUCUCCUGCUGGUCGCACCGGCGCUUUAUGCCGGGUCAAUUUACAUGCUUUUUGGGAGGCUGUUACGUGCAAUGGAGUGUCAAAAGUUGAUGCUCGUUUCUUCAAGAUUUGGAACUGCUGUCUUUGUCACAGGCGAUGUUUUAAGUUUCUUGUUGCAGUCUGCAGGUGGCGGUCUAAUGGCCAAAGAGGAUCAGGCAGACACUGGGAGCCGGCUGGUGAUUGGCGGUCUAGUGGUGCAGAUUGUGUUUUUUGGCUUUUUCAUUAUCAACGAACUACGUUUCUCUGUCAGGGUAGAUCCAGUCUGUCCCUUUUUCAGGCGUCUAUCUAGGAAAUGGCUUUAUUUUAACUGGGUUCUGCUCAUUUCGAGCCUGUUGAUUAUGGUGCGGUCCAUUGUAAGGCUGAUUGAGUUCGUUGAGGGAUCCGAUGGCUUUAUUAUUUCACAUGAAGUCUUUAUCUAUGUCUUUGAUGCUCUUCCUAUGUUCUUAGUCAUUGUAUUAUUCUGCGCAGCACUAUAUUUUGGAAAUAUAUUCAGUGUGAUUGAUGAGUGUCGAAAUUCCAAAAAUGCCGCCAUUGUACGGCAUCCUAUUCAAUUAGAAGAAGAAUCUUUCUGA